AGCUGCAGGAGUCCAGGAGUGCUCCAUGGGCAUGGGAGAGUUGGACUGGAUCUCUAAGAAUGGGGAGGAUACGGAAGGAUGCUCACCUCGUGCACCCUACAGGGUCGGUGUGAAGUGGCAUUCAUGGCCGCGAGGACCCCGGGUCUGAGGAAAGGACACCAGGGCUGAUGCACGAACUUGACUGAAGCCAUCACUCGGAGCCCAGAGUGACCACUACUCCAGGCUGGACAGAGCAGGGGUCAGUGGGAUCGGGGCCAUCGCAGUCCCUGAGGUUUUACCUAUCCUGGGCCAAGCGAGGGAGCCAGAGAGAUGGCCCUUGGAAGACAAGACCCUCCAGUGCACCCCAGGCUUGCCCCCGAGUGAUCUGGAUUUGGCCGGGAAGGUGGCCGAAGCCUCCGUGCUCCCCCAGACCCACGGCUGCCCACCCCCGCCAGGCCGGGGCCAUGGAAAAGUUCCGCACGCUCUUCCAGCACUUCCAGUCCAGCUCGGAGUCGGUGAUGAACGGCAUCUGCUUGCUCCUGGCUGCAGUCACGGUCAAGCUGUACUCCUCCUUCGACUUCAAUUGCCCCUGUCUGGCGCGCUACAAUGCCCUCUACGGCCUGGGCCUGCUGCUCACGCCCCCACUCGCCCUCUUCCUCUGUGGCCUCCUUGCCAACCGGCAGUCCGUGGUCAUGGUGGAGGAGUGGCGCCGGCCCACGGGGCAGCGGAAGAAGGACCCAGGCGUCAUCAGGUAUAUGUGUUCCUCUGUGCUGCAGAGAGCACUGGCCGCCCCCCUCGUCUGGAUCCUCCUGGCCCUCCUUGACGGCAAGUGCUUCGUGUGCGCCUUCAGCAGCUCCGUGGACCCCGAAAAGUUUCUGGACUUUGCCAACAUGACCUCCAGCCAGGUGCAGCUCUUCCUGGCCAAGGUGCCCUGCAAAGAGGAUGAGCUGGUGAGGGACAGCCCCGCUAGAAAGGCAGUGUCCCGCUACCUACGGUGCCUGUCACAGGCCAUCGGCUGGAGUAUCACCCUGCUACUGAUCGUCGUGGCCUUCCUGGCCCGCUGCCUGAGGCCUUGCUUCGACCAGACAGUCUUCCUGCAGCGCAGAUACUGGAGCAACUACGUGGACCUGGAGCAGAAGCUCUUCGACGAGACUUGCUGUGAGCAUGCGCGGGACUUCGCGCACCGCUGCGUGCUGCACUUCUUCGCCAGCAUGCAGAGCGAGAUGCGGGCGCGGGGGCUGCGCCGGGACACCGCGGACGGGGGCCCCGAGCCACCCGAGGGCACCGACGGCCUGGACGGGGACGGAAGCAGGAAGGCCCACCUGCGGGCCGUUUCCAGCCGGGAGCAGGUGGACCGGCUCCUGAGCACCUGGUACUCCAGCAAACCGCCGCUCGACCUCGUGGCAUCGCCGGGACUCCGGGAGGGUGGCCUCAACCACCGCGCUCCCACGGUGGCCCCAGGCGCCAGGCUUUCCCAGCACACUGACGUGUAGGGACCCCAGCGGUGCCCCCACAUGAAAUGCCCGC